GGUCGUUUUAGAUCUUAAUGGUGGAUUUAUUUCAUGAUUUGUUUUGCGAUUAAUGGCAGAGUAUGAUAUGAGACAGUGAUGGCUGAUGUUCAAGCAAAAUAUCAGAAACUUGCCACAGAAUACGCAAAGUUGAAAGCUCAAAUUCCAGUUUUGAAGAAAGCCUUUUUAGAUGAACAAGAAGAAAAGACUGCUUUAAAGGACCUUUUAAAAGAAAAAGAACAAAGUGUCAGAAAAUAUGAAUCUGAAACCGACAGUUUGUCCUUUCGCAAUCAACAAUUAUCAAAACGUGUGUUAUUAUUGCAAGAAGAAUUAGAAACUGCAGAAAGCAACAAGAAAAAACAUAAAAAUAAAGUAAAUGAUGUUCCUAAUGGUGAAUCAUCCAGAAGAGAAGCUGGUAUUUUUAAUGAAGAAUUACAAAAUAAAAUUGAAGAGAAUGCCAGGCUCCAUAAACAGGUGAAUGAAUCUUCCACAAUCUAUGAAGAAAAAGUGCAGAAAUUAGAAGAAAGUUUAAGAAAUGUGGAAUUAGAACAUAGUCAAUAUAAUGAGGUGCUGAAUGCUACUAAACAACAAAGUAAAACACAAAUAGACAAUUUAUUAGAAGAAAAAGCAUUGUUGGAGGGGAAGCUACUUGGUCAAGAUUCUGAUGUAAAACAGUUUAAAAUGAGAGCUGAAGUGGCUGAAAUCAAGUUAAAAUCUGUACAGACUGAUUUAAGUGGCAGAUUAGAAUCAGUUCAAAAACUAGUCACACAAAAGCUACCUUUUAUAGAUACUGCCAAUAGUGAAAUCAAUAAUUUAAAUGUUCCUGUAUAUGAUAGACAAUAUAUUUUACAUUCAACUGAGCUGGUGAAUCAGGCUUGUGCUUAUGUUAGUGAGUUAGUGCAAAGUUUCUCCAAUUUUUACACAUAUAGUGAACAGAGAUCCAAGAUUUAUCCUAUAGAUGGAAUUAGUGAAACUAUGAGCGCUACUAAUAUAGCUUAUUGUAAAUUAUUACAUGGUAAUUUAACUUAUUUAAGACCAGUUGAACAAUCAUUAAAAACAUUUGGUGAUGCAUUAAAAGAUGACUCCCAAAUUACUUCCACUGUAAAACUACAAUUUUUUUGUGAAAACUUCCAUAAAUUUGUUGUCUAUAACAAUGACCUACUACCUUAUCAACUGUCUAGUAUCGAAGAAGAAUGUGCUGUAUCAUCGUGUCCCUCUGUUUUAUCUAAUAAAAAUAUGGAAUUAUAUAAAUCUUUUGAAAAAUUAAAUAAAGUAUUUAACCAACUAGAUCAAUAUGUAGCUAUAUUAGUUAGUUCCACUACAGAAUUUCAAGAAACAAUCAAACGUAAUUAUGAAGUUGCUAUAAAUUUAUCGAACAUAACAGAAAUAAAUUUGGUUAACUUCCUUAUAUCAAAGCUUUCAAAAGUUUACAAUGCUAAAGUUUCACUGGAGCAUCAACUACCAACAGCUACACAGAAACUAAAAACAACGGAUGAAUGUAUUGUAUCUUCUUUAAUAUCGCUUGUAACUAGUAGUAAUAAAAUUGCUACCUUUAUGAGUAAUAAUUUAGAGUUUUUUAACGAGAUUAACAAGAGAGAAAAUACAGAGAAUGGUAAUACAGUUAAUCCUAUUGUUGGAAACUAUAAAAUGAGAACAGAAGAUUAUUUAACAUCAUUGACAAUGCCUUGCCCUAAAUCAGUGCCCUACAGUGUAGCUUUAGAGAAUAGAAAGAUAUUGAUAAGUUCAGCAGAAAAUAAAGAAGGUUUAGCCAAACAGGUGGAAAAAUUCCAAAAAAAUUUGACUGUAUUAGAACAAGAAAAAGAACAUUAUAUGUUAGAGUUACAAUUAUUGAAAAUCAAAUAUGAAAAUGAAAUGCAUAAACGUAAAAAUCUUGAAAAAGAAAUCGGCUCAUUGAAGAAAGGCAGUGUAUCUGUGGACAACCCAGCAGUAGAAAACUUAAAGACAGACAGACCUAGUAAUAGAGGCUCAUUAGAUAGUAUAACAGCAGAGGAAAGUUUGAUGUGUAAAUUAGAAACUACUGGUAUUAAUGAAAGUGAUGUUGGAACUAGAGAAGAGUUGAUAAAAAGUCACUAUACAUCUAGAUUAAAUCAGCUAACACUACAAUUACAACAUACUGAUAGUAAAUGUGUUAGCUUUCAUUCUGAGGUUCGAGCACUACAUAAACAACUUCAACUUGCUGAGAAACAGAAAAACUCUGCAGAGGAUGAAUUAAAAGUAGCGAGCCAGUCUCUUGCUCAAUUAAAGGAUGAACAUCAAACAACAACUAAAAGCUAUGAAAAUCAGUUAAGUAUGAUGAGUGAACAUUUAGCUGGUAUGAAUGAAAAAUUAGCACAGCAAAAAGAUGAAAUCGAUGAACAAAAACUGCAGCUGCAUGGUAAAAGCAAGAGUCUUAAAAAGAAGAAAUAGAAGGUGAUAGUGAAUUUAAAUUCAAAGAAAAUCAGUCUUUUUGAAUAUUUUUUUUUUGAUUCAUGUAAAUAUAUGUAAAUGAAUUCAAGAAUAUUUAUGUAUUGUUUGUUGAUGGCAUUAGGUUUUUGACAUAAAAAUGUAAGAGUAAUCCCUGCUCCCCUACGAAAAAUAUAUCAUGUUUCUGAAGUAAAAUCAGCUUUGCUUAUUCUGGCUUAUAUUGGAUUUUGAAAAAAGGUUGAACAAUAAUUUGGUUCAGUUUUGCUGCAUUGGCUUUUGGAUUAAGUGGGAGAAAUUUGAUGUCAACUAAAAUUAAAUUUCUGAAAAGUGCAAUAUAAAUGUUUGUUAUUGAAUGUUGAUUAUUGAAUGUUAGAUCGGAAGUGGUGGUCACAAUAAACUGUUACUUUUUA